GUGGAGUAUAUAUUAUAUUAAUUUAUUAUUGUAAACCGGAGCAGAAGUUGCAGUUGGAGGAGGACAGGCCAUUUGAGUAGUAGUAGAACUAGAUCCUAAUUGGUUCUUUUGUAGCCAUAUGAAUUAGCAGCCUUACUCCCAGCUUCCACAACUACCUAAACCAUUGUCGGAAGUCGGAGCAGGGGUUUCCGCUUCUUCCUAGUUCCUUCUCUCCAUUCGAUGUACAGCAAUCCCAUCUGGCAUCUAUUCAGAACUUUUUCUUCGUUUGUUUGUAGACUGAUUGUGGAUUCAAUUGAUUUCCAAUCCCCACUUUUUUAUGCCCCAAACAGAAUCCAGGCUUUCAGAUAUCCUAAUUCCAGGACGGGAGCAGGUUGCAACUCGAAUUGCAGAUAGCAGCAGCAGCAAGCACCGAGCCUCUUUGCAAUUCUACUCAAUCAAUGAGAUGAUUGAUCAGUUCAUUAAUUUUGUAAUUCGCCCACCAAGGGCCGAGUACAACCCCAAUCAGUAUUUAUGGGAGAAAGAUUUUACAAUUGCUGGCCGACAAUACAAAAGAGAAGAUUUGGAGCUCAAGAAUGAAAGGGGACAUACAUUGCAGUGUAGUCAUUAUGUUCCAUCACCUUUUCCCGAUGGCACACGUUUGCCUUGUGUUGUAUACUGCCAUGGAAACAGCGGAUGUAGGGCAGAUGCAAAUGAGGCUGCUGUGAUUCUUCUUCCUUCCAACAUUACGCUGUUCACGCUUGACUUUUCUGGUUCUGGCUUAUCUGGCGGGGAUCAUGUCAGUCUUGGCUGGCAUGAGAAAAACGACUUGAAAGUAGUGGUCUCAUAUCUUAGAACUAACUCUAAGAUUUCGCGGAUUGCUCUUUGGGGUCGGUCAAUGGGUGCAGUUACUAGCCUUCUUUAUGGAGCAGAAGAUCCAUCUAUAGCUGGAAUGGUAUUAGACAGUGCCUUCUCAAACUUGUUUCGUCUGAUGAUGGAACUUGUGGACGUAUACAAAAUUCGGCUACCUAAAUUUACUAUUAAGGUCGCUCUUCAAUACAUGCGCCGCGUGAUCCAGAAGAAGGCAAACUUCGAUAUAAUGAGCCUAAACUGCUUACAGGUGGCACCUACGACCUACAUCCCUGCUUUGUUUGGGCAUGCCAAAGAUGACAAAUUUAUUCAGCCUCACCAUUCAGACCUCAUUUUUGAGUCUUAUGCGGGUGAUAAGAAUAUUAUAAAGUUUGAUGGUGACCACAAUUCUUCUCGUCCUCAAUUUUAUUAUGAUUCGGUAUCCAUAUUCUUCUACAAUGUACUUCAUCCUCCUAAACUUCCAGCUGCUCAUACCAACAAAGCAGAUAAAUAUUAUGAUUUGGGGGACCUGAAGGUCAGUGCCGAUGCAGAUGAGAAUUUGCUCUAUGAGAUUAUUGCUGGUCUUCAAAGUGUACGUUCUGAUGCUGCUAGCUCGUCUUCAGCACCACAUGGCUUUUCUGGGCCAUCUGUUGGUGAACUACUUUAUGAGAUUGCCCCAGAUGCCAGCGUACUUGAAUCCCUGGUGAUUGAAGAGACGUCAAGAAAUGGUGAUGAUGCGGCACAGUUACAGGGAAAACUAAGUGGCCUGAAUGAAGAGUCUUGCUCAUACACAAGUUCAAAUAGGGAGAGUUGGGGAAGAUGCUCCUCCCUUGGCAGUGAUAAUGAACCUUAUUUCGACUGUGCUGAUCUUCCAAAAGAUCAGACAAAACUCAAUGUGGUAGCGACGCCUACUCGAGAUGUUGGACACAUACCCUUAAAAAUCCCACAAGAUGAGGAAACAAAGAAGAAAGGUUCAACAAGUAAGAAAUCCAAAGGUGAAAAGUUUGAGAAGCUUGAGGCUCUUAGCCAUCGUCUUCGUCUUUGUAUUCUUAAGAGUGUCAAACAUAAGAGGCACUGCUCCUCGUGACUCGCCUCUGUAGGUAUAAAAUGCAAAUCUUAGGUCUUUUUAAGUUACUUUCCUUUUAUUAUGGCAUGUUUCAUUUUAGCAACAUAUGUAUUUGAUUUUUCCAGCUAACAAAAUGCGUACUAUAAAUGUGCACUAACAAAAUAAAUGUGCUAUUUAUUUUGUGGGUUGGGGGAUUGGGUUGUUUGAAUUGAUGUUUUGAGAGUUUUGGAUUGUUUUCUAAAGUAAAUGCUGGAAAUGAUGAAAUGGAACUCUUUUUGGGCAGACGAUGAAUCCUGUUCAGCAAUGGCUUUUGUUUAAUUCUCAGAACCUAACUUGUUGGGGAGAUUAGUGCUUUCGAAUCCCACCUCCCUAGAGCGGCAAUGUAGUGCUCUCCGAUCUCAGUCAAUACUGUAUGGUCUUUUAUGGUCCAGUCAUGCCAAAAUGUCGCAGAUAGGAGUUCUAUUGAUCGUGUCUGAUUGGGUAGAGUAGAUGCACCAAUCACCAAAAAAUGUUUGAAAAUAGAAUUCUAAUCAAAGGCAGCAGAGAGUAAUACACCUGCGGGUGACUUAGAAAUGGAAAUACAUAAAUUCAUGAUCAUUCCUAACCGUAUACUCUACCUUUUUUUCCCCUCGGCUUUAGGGAACCAUAUUGACAGGUUGUGUGGCAUAGGUGAAAUGGGUUGCAUAGAAGUUCUAUAGUUACUGGACAGUAAGUAGAGGUAGUCCAUGCUUCACCUCAUAGCAGAGCAGAUUCCGAACUCACGCUUUCUGUGCAGCAUGCAGGUCCUUUCUUCUGCCUCUGCGUGCGCUCUCAUCCGAAAGUGUAGAGUGCAAGUGUAAAACAGUAUACUUUUAGUUUUUGGUCUGUUCAUACAGAACGCGUUGAAUGCCUCAUUGGAAUUGGAUGAAAAAAAUAUGUGAAUGAAUCAAUCCAGAUGAUAGGAUAUGAGGCCCCAACCUAGCUACACAUGGUUUAGAUUAAGUAGUAACUUAUUCCCAUGCAAAUGCUUGGCCCAUCUUCUAGCCAUGAAAGAGUCAUGGUAUUCCCAAGUCUCAGCACUGCUAGUCCUCCUUUCCAAGCCACCAUGGUAUCUCUCUCUUUGAUCUGCCCCAAUUCCAACUAACAUUUCCCCCGUCUUACAAUUGCAGUCAUCCUCGGUUCCACCACCACUCUCAAUGUAACUGUACUCCACACAAUAAUACCCCGCAGCUGAUUUUUCAAGUAACAAGGGGAACCUUCUCUCUUCGCCUCCCCUGAGUUCUCGUAGCCUGAUGAUUCUGCCGUCCUUCAUUUUCAGCUGAAUGUCUCUGAUGGCACCCCCAAGCAUUCCAGCCAGAAAUUUCUCGAACUCGUGCAUUACGUAACCGUGAGAACCACCGAAACCAAAACCAACGUGGAACCGAUGGAUUUUGACAUUAACUUCUCCCAUGACAGUACCCAAGUUGUUGUUAUGGUGACUGUAGGACCAGGUUGGACUGUCUGUGAGAUGCAGAAUACAAGAUUCGGGGUUCCUGUAAACACGAUCAUUCAGCACUUUGAAUCCUUUCUUCAAGCCAACACUAGGAUCCGCGAACCCUGUGUGGAACAAGCGAUCAAUCAAUUGAAUGGCGGUUCUUUUCCCACAGGAAGUCAUGCGUUUGAGGGGGAACAAGCGUGCAGCCGCAGAUGAGUAGGCGACGAUGGCCAGGCGGUCCUCUGGUCUGAGGGAGAGUAUCACCAGAGCCAUGGCUUGUUUCAGAAGCCUUAAAUGUGGGCCAUUGGGGCUGGCAACUAGGACCAGAUCAGUAGGUGGUUGGAGCUCCAGUUUGACACAAAGAUAAGCUGUAGCAGUGUCAGAAUGGCGGCGGUGUCCAUGUCCUCCACCUCCAGAGGAGGGAAGAUGGUGUGGAGGAGGGGGGAGUAGGGUUUUCUGAGGGGGUUGGCACAAAUGAAUGGUAGGACGUAAAGGGAGCAAAGAGAUACGGAGACGGUGAUGAUGGGAGAUGGAGGGGCGAGUCGUCAGCACCAAUGGAUCGUCAUCGUCAUAGCGAGCAGAGAGUAGAAAGGAGCGGCGGUGAACUCGAAAGGUGGCGAUGGAGUUAUCAAGGAUCUGAAGAAUGGGAUCAUCAGAGUGAGUGGUGUGGAGGGAGUAACGUGAAUUGAGAGUGCGGGGAAGCUGGGUCCAAUAGGCACGGCAAAUGGGGCAGGUGAGGCUACCAUGCCGAACGUUGGAAGAGAUGCAAGAGAAAUGAAAUGAGUGGGAACACUGUGCCGUGAAUAUAGCAGGUGUUGGGCCGCUGCCUCCCGAGUUGUAGUCGAGAGAAUCAAGACAAAUUGCGCAUACAUUCUGCCCCACAAGUAGAAAAGAAAGAAACACAAGACGAUUGAAUAAAAUACUGUACUAAAAGGAGGAAUUCAUAAAAAUCAGAUGAUUUAAACACAUAGGGGAAGAGAAAGUUAAAUUACCAGAUCAUGGAUACUAGGAGGAGAAGGAGGAUUGGCAUCGGCGUUGGCGAGGGCAUCAUCCUGCAGGAAGACACGGGUUUGGUUGUGUCUACUAGUACUACUAGUCCGAGAAAAUGAUGCGCAAGUGUAGGCAAUUAGCUUCUUCAAACUCCACGACGACGAUGAUGGGGAUGAUGACAAUGACGCUCCUCCUCCUCCUCCUCCUCCUCCUCCGCUUCUUCUCUCUUUUCCGACCAUCAAUCCCCUGUUUCUUCCAAAAUCCAAACCACCGCGCACUUUUUGUCCUCUCUCUCUCUCUCUAACGAUGGGAUCUUAGUUUCUUAACCAAAUUAGACCAUAGGAAAGAGACAAAAGGGAGAAACAGCCAGCCAAUUUUUUUUUGUGAAUUAUAGAAGGAGAAGGGAGGAGGUGGGAAUGUAAUUAAGGAAGUACCAUUAGUAAGUAGUAACCUCACCUGGGGUUGAGCUUGAGUUUUUAACUUUAUAAUUCUUAUUAGUAGCUUCUUCAUCAGUUUGCUAAUGCUCUUAAUUAGUAGUAGUUGUAGGCCAGUGUGGGGACGGGGUGCUCCUUUUCUUCCCACUUCUUUUGGUCUUUGAUUGCCUUUUUUUUUUGCCGGGUUUGGGGACCACCAUUCGAAAGUACCCCGCGUCGCAUUAGUCCCC